UCUUUUUGGAAACGAAAAAGCAAGGAAGUUUACAUAUUCAAUCCCUUGGUCUUUCUAUCUUAUCAAAAUAUUAAUGAUGCAAUGAGAUCGAUGACCAUAUAAUGAUAUAAAUCACCCUGCAGUACUAAGGUACGUUUAGUUCUUCUUAUUCGAAUUAACAAAAUGUGGUAUAGAAUAGCGAGCGCAUCAGAAUAUUUGGUAAUUACCGGUGCUGGUAUAGCAGAUAUAAAGCUAGCCAAAAAAGCAUGGAUUCUACCAGGUCAGUCAUCCACCAAAUUCGACAUAACUCCGGUCAACUACACCUUCGAGGUUCAAGCCAUGAGUUCAGAGAAGCUACCAUUUAUCUUACCUGCAGUCUUCACCAUUGGACCAAGGUCCGAUGAUGAUGAUUGUCUAAUUAAGUAUGCCAAACUUAUUGCUCCACAUGAGAAGCAUUCUCACCAAGUGGAGGAGCUUGUCCAAGGGGUCAUCGAGGGUGAGACACGUGUCCUUGCCGCCUCUAUGACUAUGGAGGAGGUUUUUAGUGGGGCUAAGAAGUUUAAGCAGGAAGUCUUUGGAAAGGUUCAGCUUGAGCUUAAUCAGUUUGGCCUUUUGAUUUAUAAUGCUAAUAUCAAACAAUUGGUUGAUAUUCCUGGCCAUGAAUAUUUUUCUUAUUUGGGCCAGAAGACUCAAAUGGAAGCUGCCAAUCAGGCCAAGAUUGAUGUUGCGGAAGCAAGGAAGAAGGGGGAGAUAGGAUCGAAGUUGAGGAACGGAGAGACAAUACAGAAUGCGUCGAAAAUUGAUGCAGAAACGAAGAUAAUAUCAGUACAAAGAAUAGGACAUGCCAAGAAGGAGGAGAUAAAAGUGGAGGCAGAGGUACAAAUAUAUGAGAAUGAAAGGUUGGCUGAGGUGGCAGAAGCAAAUGCUGAGUUGGCAACAAAGAAAGCUGGUUGGGCCAAAGAUACCCAAGUUGCUGAGGUGGAAGCAGAGAAAGCAGUCAAAUUGAGGGAAGCAGAGUUGCAAAGAGAGGUUGAGAGGAUGAAUGCUCUCACUCAGACUGAAAAAUUGAAGGCUGAAUUCUUGAGUAAAGCUAGUGUUGAAUAUGAAACUAAGGUACAAGAAGCAAAUUGGGAGCUAUACCAACAACAAAAAGGAGCAGAAGCAACUCUAUACAUACAAGAAAAGGCAGCAGAAGCCGAAAAAACACUUGCAGAAGCAGCACUUUACUCUCGUCAGCAAGCAGCUGAUGCAGACCUUUAUGCAAAGAAAAGGGAAGCAGAAGGAAUAGUAGCACUUGCACAAGCACAAGGCACGUACUUAAGUACCUUAUUAGAGGCACUCGGGGGCAAUUAUUUGGCAUUAAGGGACUACAUGAUGAUUAACAAUGGCGUGUUUAAAGAAAUUGCUGAAAUUAACGCGGGGGCUAUCAAGGGGUUGCAGCCUAAAAUUAGUGUGUGGACAAAUGGUGGAAGUGGUGGUGGUGGUGAGGGUUCCACCGCCGGUGGAAGUGCAAUGGCGGAGGUUGCCAAUAUUUAUCGGACUUUGCCACCGUUGUUCAAGACGGUUCAAGAACAAACUGGGAUGGUUCCGCCUGCAUGGUUGGGCUCACUUAAGGACACUGGUACGGAACGUAUACUGGAUUGAGGUUUAUUCCAUGUUACCAUGUAUGGAUGAUAGUACCAACACAAGUUGGUGGAGUUGAUGGGGAAGACAACUUGUGAGUUGGAUGUCACAAGGUCGAGCCACAUCAACUGCGAAUUGUUUGAAAGUGACUCAAGAAAAAACCUAUAUGACUAGGCUAAUUAACCCGAGAUAGAUAUUGGUCCAGUAAAGUUUUUUCUUCUUAUCUAGCCCAAAAAAAAAAAUGGUACAAACAAUAGUACUACAUAUGAUAUUGGUUGUUAUGAUGAACAUUUUUAAGUGCUUCUUUUUCCCCUUUUUGUUUUUUGAGGGCAAGUGUUUUACUAAAUCUAUUGAAAUACAACCUUAAUCACAAGUUCUUUUA